GAAGGGAAAGUCCACAUCACUUCAACCUGAGAGACUCAGAGAGCAGCAGCUCGUCUUCAUCAACCUCCACCUCCACAGCUUGUCUUCCUCUUCCACACCUCCACCUUCAUCCUCCUCUUCCUCUUCCUCCUCUUCCUCAGUGCCUCCAUGGCAGCCUCAUCCAAAUCCUCCGGGACGGCCAAGAACGUGGCGAUCGCCCUGCUGGCUCUGUGGUCCAUCGUGUCUCUGGUGGUCAUCGUGGUCUGGGCGACGUCUCCGGACCUGAAGAGCUCCACCGCGUGCCGGGCCGAGCUGCAGGAGAUGACGGAGAAGAUGGAGGGGGCCAGGGUGGUGUUCAGCAAGAACAAGGUGUCUCUGGAGGAGAUGGUGAAGGAGGCCCGGGCGGAGCAGGAGCGUCAGAGAGCCCACGUCGUGCUGCUUCUGGGACACCUGAACGCCACCAACGCCACGCUGGAGGAGUGCCGGCAGGAGAACGCGGUGCUGAAUGGGAACAUCAGCGUGCUGCAGCAGAGGGUGGAGCAGCUCCUUCAGACGGAGGCCAACCUCACGGCUCAGAUCAGCCUGCAGGACGACCACAUCGAGGCCCUGCAGCAGAACCUGACCCAGGCGGGUCACCAGCGCGAGUCCUGCUUCAGCCUGAAAGCUGCUGCUGAGAGCCAGAUGUUGGCGGCUCAGAGUCAGACCAGGGCCUGUGAGUCCAGACAGCAGUACCUGCACAAACAGCUUGUGAAGUGUAAAGACGUGGACUCUGAAGCUCCUCAGGAGAAGCAGCAGGAGACGGAGGAGCUGCCCUCCUCCUCCCCCCCCUCUCUGGUGUUCCUGCACUGACGCUGCUCGUCUUCAGCGCUCUGCAUCUGAUAACCUGAGGUCAGCGUGGCCUUGACCUGUCGACGACGGCGAGCACUGUGUUCCAGGAGGCGGAGCCUGGACGGACGACAUGACUGCUGUACAAACUUCCUGUCUGCGUAACAAACUUUUGAUAUCGCCAUGGAGACGCUGACGUGAUGAUGAUGGGACAGAAACUUUGCUUUGACUUGAACAGCUGAGACGUUUGAAGAUUUAAAUAUUGCUUCACCACUUUGUGUUUUUAGUUUUUCCUUCAUGAAGCUCAACGACUGCUUUUUACUUUACGCUGCUUUAUGUCACAUUUCACCCUCUGAAAUAUUAAUAUAGAACAUAAAUCCUCCCUCAGUUUUACAUUGAUUUAAAUGUAGUUUAAUAAAAACGAACUUCAGAGAAUUCAACUUUCUGCAGAGAGAAAGUGACCUCAUGUUUUUAAAGAAGGACAAUAUUUCCCUCUGAGAUGUAACGGAGUAAAAGUACAACGUGGCAGAAAGUGGAAAUAUUGAAGUAAAGUACAAGUACCUCCAAACUGUAGUUCAGUACAGCACUGUAGUAAAUGUACUUAGAUACUUUAACCACUGAAGAAGGCUCCAUGCUGGUGCAUUCAGGGACAUCAGAGAUUAGAGAAUCAGCUGCUGAAGAGAGAAACAGAAAUAAUUAAUUAUUAGUAUUUUGUGUCAUAAAUCAGGAUUUUUUUUCCCAGAAUGCUGAAUGUUUUUCUCUGCAGGUCGACGCCUUUUGUUUCGGUUCAAACAGCUGAAUAAAGAUUCAGAGAGGAAGUGAAACUUUCACAAUAAGAGCGGACAUGACUACUCUUUCUCUGCUGGUUAACUAAAACCGGUCGAAUCAGUUAAAGACUAACGGAGGAAAAAGUGAAGUUUAUAACUCAGAGUUUACAGAGACAGAAUGUCGUCACUGCUGAAUAUCAGCAGAUACUGAUCAAUAAUCAAUGAUUAUAUCUGAGCUCACCUGAGAUCUGAACAGCUGAUCACCAGUCAGUUUGUGUUUUUUUAGUGUUUGUUACUUUUUGAAGCUCGACGAAGCAACGACUCAACUUUUAGAAGCUUUUCUUUUGUUUGGGGGGGAAAUGUUUUAAUGAAAACAAUAAAACUGAAGAGUUUCUAAA